UUCGGGCAACGAUACCAGGCGGCGGAAGGCAGCGCCCCGGCUGUGCUCACGAAUCAGCACACAACAGCCGAGGUUGUGAGCCGGACUCGAGAGUGCAUAGUCUGCACCGAUUCGAAGGCAGCAUCUGAAUUUCCGGCAUCCACGGUCACCAAGGCAUGCAAACACGCGCCAUCAACAUGCCUUGAGUGUAUCGCAAUAUCAAUCAGAUCGGACCUGAACAACCGUCUCUGGAACGAGAUUGGGUGCCCGGAGUGUCGGGAACGUCUUCAGUAUGAAGAUGUUCAGAAGUUUGCAGAUCCCGCAACAAAAGAGCGGUAUCAAACCCUGUCUUUCCGGUCUGCCGUCUCCGAGGCAGAUAAUUUUGUCUGGUGUCCUUCUGGCUGUGGACAUGGUCAAGUACAUGAUGGUGGGCUUGACCAACCAAUUGUUGUUUGCAUGCACUGUAACGUCCGAUCAUGCUUCCACCAUAAAGUUGCGUGGCACGAGAAUUUGACUUGCGAGGAAUACGACUCUCUCCAGGCCGACCCUUUAAACUUCCGCAGCCGGUUCGAUAUCGAAAACGAGACGGCUGAGAUGGAGGCAGAAGCUCGUCGAAUUCAAGAAGACCGGGACCGCGCUUUUGCUCAGAGUUUAAUGGCUCAAGAAGAGCAAAUAGUGCGAGAAACGGCGAAGCGGGAGCGGGAGAGAGCCCGAGAAGAGAAAGAGAGAGCCCGGGAAGAGCGGCAGAGACAGGCAAGAGAGUCCAAGGAGCGGAAAGCGCGGGAAGAGAGAGAGAGGAAGGCUCGGCAAGCUCGAGAGGCCGCCGCGAAGCGCAAGGCCGAGGAAGACGCGAGCAAUAAAAUCGUCAAGAAGACGACGAAGCCGUGUCCUGGCUGUGGGUCGCCGAUCGAGAAAAAUCGCGGUUGGUGA